GCUCCACUGAUAAGGAGACUCCUGCUCUUCUUUAACCCCCCUGGAGCGGACGUGCGACCAGAGCUACGCGGCUGGACCUGCGCAUCCACUUGUUGAGUUCCCAACGGUUCAACCAGAGCGGCUCUAUUUAAAGAGGCAACAAGAUGGCACGCGGGCUGGUCAGACGAGAGUCGGUGGAAACAGAGAUGCACAAAUCCGAAGACAAGGGGAAGACGUUCGUUUACACCAAGAAGAAGGGCUACGAUGUCACCAGAAAUCCCCACCUCAACAAGGAAAUGGCUUUCUCCCUGGAGGAGCGUCUCCAGCUGGGGAUCCACGGCUUGGUGCCGCCCUGCUUCAUCAGCCAGGAUGUCCAGGUGCUCAGAGUCCUCAAAAAUUACGACAUGAAAAGGGACGACCUGGACAGGUACGUGUUCCUGAUCGGGCUCAUGGACCGGAACGAGAAGCUCUUCUACAGAGUCAUAACAUCGGACGUGGAGAGAUUCAUGCCCAUCAUUUACACUCCCACUGUGGGCCUGGCCUGCCAGCAGUACGGCCUCAUCUUUAGAAGACCAAGGGGGCUUUUCAUCACUGUUCACGACCGAGGGCACAUUGCUUCAAUUCUCCAAAACUGGCCAGAAAAGGACAUAAAGGCUGUUUGUGUGACGGACGGAGAGAGGAUCCUGGGACUGGGAGAUCUGGGAUGCCAUGGCAUGGGCAUCCCAGUGGGGAAGCUGGCCCUCUACACGGCCUGUGGGGGAAUGCCUCCCCAGCAGUGCCUGCCCGUCCUGCUGGAUGUCGGCACAGACAACCAGGCACUACUGAAGGACCCCUUCUACAUCGGCCUGAGGCAUAAGAGAGUCCGAGGCCAGGCCUACGAUGACCUGAUCGAUGAAUUUAUGAAAGCCAUUUCGGACAGGUACGGCAUGGACUGUCUGAUUCAGUUUGAGGACUUUGCAAACAUCAACGCUUUCAGACUGCUGAGCAAGUACCGCAACAAAUACUGCACAUUCAACGAUGACAUCCAAGGAACAGCAGCUGUAGCAGUAGCCGGACUCCUCGCCGCCCUCCGCAUCACCAAAAGCAAAAUGAGCAACCACACCAUUGUGUUCCAAGGGGCCGGAGAGGCAGCGAUGGGAAUUGCCGAGCUCAUCUCCAUGGCGAUGGAGAAGGAGGGACUCGGCAAAGAAGAAAGCUUGAAAAAAAUCUGGAUGGUUGACUCAAAGGGACUCAUCGUCAAGGGCCGGGACAACCUGACCCAUGAGAAGGAGCGAUUCGCCCAUGAGCAUCCUCAGAUGAAAAACCUGGAGGAUGUGGUCAGGGAUCUGAAACCCACAGCUAUCAUUGGUGUUGCUGCUGUUGCCGGAGCUUUCUCUGAGCGGAUCAUCAGGGACAUGGCUUCCUUCAAUGAACGACCAAUCAUCUUCGCCCUUAGCAAUCCAACAAGCAAAGCCGAGUGUACUGCUGAGGAAUGCUACACAUUCACAGAGGGGCGUGGCAUCUUCGCCAGUGGCAGUCCGUUUGACGCCGUCACCCUGCCUGAUGGGAGGACGUUCCAUCCUGGUCAGGGCAACAACGCCUACAUCUUCCCCGGCGUGGGCCUGGCCGUCACCGCGUGUGCCUUGCGACACAUCACAGAGGAUGUCUUCCUGACUGCUGCAGAGGCCCUUGCUGACCAGGUGACUGAGAAGGAUCUCGCCGAGGGAAGACUCUAUCCUCCUCUCUGCUCCAUCAGGGAGGUUUCUCUUAAACUGGCUGCUAAGAUCAUGGAUUACGCUUACUGCCACAAAAUGGCCGCUCUUCGCCCCGAGCCGUCCGACAAAGAAGCGCACGUUCGCUCGAUCUGCUACAGCACAGACUACGACGACUUCGCCGUUGACUCGUACCAGUGGCCAGAGGACUGCGUAGCUGUGCAGUCGUGUAAACUUUGAUGAUCUGUACACAGAAACCAAAAAAAAAAAA